CUCUGAGACUCGGUUUCACUUUAACUAAACCGAGUCUCAGAGACUCGAGUUUCAAAUAAUACAUUUUCAAAAAUAACGCCUCACUCACCUCACACAAAUCACUCUCCACUGUCACUCACCCUCAUCCUCUCUCUCACACACAGCAAAUGCUUGACGCUCUCACUCACUGUCUCACCCUCUCACACACUGAUCCGUCACUCACUUUCUCCACUCACGCUCUCACUCACCUGCAUCUCCAUCUCAUUGUUCUCAGUCUCACUCUCAGUCAGUCUCACUCUCAGUCUCAGUCAGCCUUCGCCAAAAGCUUCGAUCAAGCCACAGCAAGCUUUGAGUCUACGCGGUCUCUCAAAACUAAAGAAAAAGUAUGGCUGCUGCAAAUGCUGGACGCAUUGACUAUACACAGCCUGGACCUAUUGACCACUCGGUGUUGACACAGCAGGCGACGCAUCGGUCCGAAGCUAUUUGGAAUGGGCGGGAUCCAGGGUCCAUUACCUGCCGUAGUCGUAGUUCAGAGUUCUCCAAGCAACCUCCAAUGGUGGACGACCGAGUGAGGAACAUCAUCACCACAGUUGGUUUGGAGGGACUCCUGUGGGUCCCGGGUAGAGAGAUUGACAAUGGCCUGAUAACGGCCUUAGUGGAGCGAUGGCGGCCUGAGACUCACACCUUUCACAUGCCACAUGGUGAGGUGACCAUCACAUUGCAGGAUGUGGAGGUUCUUCUCGGGCUUCCUGUUGAUGGUGACGCUAUAACAGGGAGCACACAAAAAACUUGGGUGGAUGUGAGCUGGGACUUCCUUGGCUUUCGACCUGUAACUCAAAACAACCAUAAGCAACUUGAUGGGCAGAGGAUUCUCAUCAAUCGCCUUUUGGAGGAAGUUGCUAACCCAUUGCCGCCUGAUGCUGAAGAGGAUCAGCUGCAUAAGUACGCACGAUGCUACAUCCUAGCGCUAUUGGGGGACACAAUAUUCAUGGACAAAUCCGGCGAUAGGGUGCAUCUAAUGUGGGUGCAGCAGUUGGAAGACCUUCACAACCCACGAAGGUACAGUUGGGGAAGUGCUUGCCUUGCAUGGUUGUAUCGAGAGCUAUGCAGGGCAAGCGAGGACACCAGUCAGAUUGGUGGGUGCUUGCUGUUGCUCCAGUACUGGGCAUGGGCCAGGUUCCCCUAUUUGUGCCCGACAGUUGAGUGAGGCCCGCCAGUGGGUGCUUACGGUCCUCCAGUACGUGGUCCACUAUCCCUGAAGUGGUUGUGGGUCCCAAACAAGAAAAAUAGGCCCGCCCACAUCUUCAGGGACAGGUAUCGCGAGCAACUAGCUUCCAUGUUGCCAGACCAGGUGGUGUGGCAGCCAUAUGAAGCUCAUUUUGACGACCUCCCGCCGUGGUGUGUUGCAGGGAGGGCCGUAUGGACGGCAACGGUGCCGCUUGUAUGUUUCCACCUAGUAGAGAAACAUACACCGGAUCGUGUUGUUCGUCAAUUCGGGAUGAUCCAAGAAAUUCCCCGCGCUGUUAAUACUGACAGAGUGCUUCAUGGCAUUGAUUUGAGGGGGAAGAUCGGUGUUAAUUGGAUGCAGAAACAUGCUGUGCAUAUCCUUGAGUGGGGUAAUCGCUUUGUUCGGCGUUGUGAAGCAGUGCUUGGUGAUAUGCCUCCAGAGCACGAGUACCACGACUGGUUCAAAAGGGUGACUCGGAGGUUCAUCGAUAGGCCUGGUGCUGUAGUGACUCUGCUGAUUGAAGGAUACAUCCGUUUGUUGAGACAUCAUCCAGUGGGCACGGAGGACCACAAUGACAUUACUGAGGUGCUGACGGCAGUGCAGGCGAUGACACGUGUCCAACCUCCUAUCCCUGAGGCCCCGAUUGAGGAGGCAGCUAUGCGUACCGGCCCAAGCACGAGCACAGCUCCGGCCGGAUGUCAAUCCCGUCUGCCUGUUGCUACCUCUCAGCUUCUCCCUACCCCCGAUCCCUCUGCAUCCACCCCACAUGCAUCCGCCAGCCCCACCAUCCCUUCAUCCACCCCACAUCCAUCCCCUACCGUCACCAUCCCUUCACCCAACCCACAUUCAGCUCCUACGCCCACCAUCCCUUCACCUAGCCCACAUCCAGCCCCUACGCCCACCAUCCCUUCACCCACCCCCCAUCCAUCUCCUUGCCCCACCAUCCCUCCACCCACCCCACUUCCUUGUUCUGGCUCUGACGCCCGUCCACCCACCCCACAGUCAUUUCUUCAGCUGUCACCCAUUCCAUCCUUUGACCUGGGUACCCCACCUGACAUGCAGUAGGAGCCACCCUCCCAUAGUUCGUUUAGUACCCCUUCUUCAGCCAUUGACCCACCCCAUGUUCAGGCUGAGCAGGCGGUUGGGUUACCUACAGCGGCUGAAGGUCGGCCUAAACGCAUAUCAAAGGCACCUCCGUGUGGGACAGGGGGGCACAAACAUGGACACAAUGUUGGGCCCGAGGCAUUUGACGAAGGACAUGCAAGACCUCCUCCUCAUUAUACGAGACGGCGUAAGAUUCAAAAAAGGUGAAUGCCUCAAAUAAGGACAUUAGCUGGAGGUAGAUAUUCCAACAAGGAUAUGGUUCUUAAAUGUGACAAUGGAGUUGCCCUUAGAUCUAAAGGUGCCUUUGAGUUGGGUUAAAAUAAAUAGUACCAAAAAAACGGUUCGCUAUCACCCACCUGAAGUAUUGACUGCAUUGGAGCAGUUAUCCCUGGAAAAAUAAUCACUAAAUGUUGCCUCUAAAGCUGCUUGGGAUAGCUUUGUAAAGGAAUUCAGUAAAUAUUAUGCCGAGUUCCAAGCAGCUGUUCAAGCACUGGCUACUUUGGAUUGUCUGCAUUCGCUUGCCAUUCUUUGCAGAAAUAAGAAUUAUGUUCGUCCAGAUUUUGUCUAUGAUGAUGAACCUGUUCAGAUACAUAUCCAUGCUGGUCGGCACCCGGUCUUGGAUACUACAUUACAAGACAAUUUUCUUCCAAAUGACACAAAUUUGCAUGCUGACAGAGAGUAUUGCCAAAUUGUUACCGGACCCAACAUGGGUGGAAAGAGUUGCUAUAUUCGCCAAGUUGCUCUCAUUGCUAUCAUGGCUCAGGUUGGUUCCUUUGUACCUGCAUCAUCAGCAAAA